CCGGUUGUAAAUGAAUUUAUUUUCUUAUUCUCAUGAGUAAAAAAAAAUAAAAUCAACAGAUAGAACGCUACCACAUUAUAAAAAUUAAGAAACAAGUUGCAGCUAUCUAAUUUGAUAUGAUCCCUGCAGCUCGGACAAGUGAUUGCAACACAAGUGAAAAGAAGUACCAGUCGGAUACCACCAGUACGUUCAUUUUCUCCUACCUCACACUCUAACUUUAGUUUAAGUUGUGCGGGCAGUUGAAUUAGAUCAUAACUGUGUCGAUAAUAUUAAGCGUUUUGACAUUUAUUUUAUAUAUAAAUAUAUUAAGAUGCGUAUAGCAAUAGUUGGAGCGGGAAGCGCUGGAUUAGCAGCACUUCGUCACGUAGUUCUUCUUCUCGCAGCCGAAAAUACUCAAAGUCAGGGUAAAAUUACUCAAGUGGUUUGUUACGAGAAGACAAACCAGGUUGGUGGUACUUGGGUUUAUACAACAGAGAUUGGAGUUGAUCAUUAUGGAUUGCCUAUUCAUUCUAGUAUGUACGACAGUCUUCGGACUAAUUUACCAAAAGAAGUUAUGGGCUAUCCAGAUUUUCCAGUACCAGAGAACACGAAGAGUUAUCUUACGCGGACAGAAAUUCUUGAUUUUCUUAACAGCUACUGCGACCACUUUAAAUUACGUCCAUAUAUUAAAUUCCGUCAUAAUGUCCAGCGUAUUGAGCCAUCAGCGAAACCUGAAGACAACCAGGUUCCUGGUUCAUCGACCAAAUGGACAGUGACAGUCAAAAAUUUGGAAACUGGCUUAGUGAGCAAUGAAAUUUUUGACGCAGUCAUGGUCUGCAAUGGACAUUACUUUGAACCGAGUAUCCCGAUCAUUGAAGGACAUGACAAAUUUAAAGGACUGCAACUGCACAGUCAUGAUUACCGUGUGCCUGAAACUUUUGCCAAUAAAACGGUUGUCGUAGUUGGUGCUGGGCCUUCGGGAAUGGAUCUUGCUUUGGAGAUAUCGAGCAAGGCCAAACAAGUUGUCUUGAGUCAUCACAGUCGCGAUCCUAUUCAUACUGUCUUUCCUGAAAAUGUUAUUCAGAAACCAGAUAUUACAAGAAUUGAAGAGACAGAAAUCGUCUUCUCUAAUGGAGACCGCCAAAAUGUUGAUGUUAUUUUCUACUGUACAGGAUACAAGUACAGUUUUCCUUUUUUGGCUAAGAGUUGUGGUGUAAAAGUUGAUUCAAAUAUGGUAACACCACUUUGGAAGCAUUUGUUAUCCGUUGAAAAUCCAACUCUUGCUCUUGUAGGCUUACCAUUUUAUGUUUGUGCUUUCAGUAUGUUUGAUCUUCAGGUUCGAUUUGUAUUAAAGUUUUGGACAAACGAAAAACAAUUGCCUAGUAAAGAAGCGAUGCUUGCUGAAGAAGCAGUCGAGUUGAAGAAAAAACUAGACAAAGGUUUAGAGAAACGUCAUUUCCAUAUGAUGGGACCGGAGCAAGGAAAUUACUACGACGAUUUAGCAAAAACUGCUGGAAUAACUCCUCUGCCUCCGGUGCUAACGAAACUUCAUAACGAAAGCAGUAUGCGGUUUCUCGAUGAUCUUGUUCAUUAUCGCGAAGAUCGGUACAGAAUUGUCGACGAUUUUAAUUACGUCCAACUAUAAAAAUCAGUGAAUUAUAUUUGAUAAAUUGUUUUGUAUUUUUUAAAAAAUAUAAUUAUAAUUUUACGCAAUU